CACAGAAUGGUUCACCUCCUGAUUAGCAAAUAUUUGAAUGAAGUGGCAUUUACAGCAGUACUGCUUUGUGUUGUAUCAUUGUACGAGGGAGUGACACCUGCGGUUGUUCCCGGUGAGAGGUAUCGUGGUCCCGUUGUCCGGGUGUUGGAGAUCAUUGGACAAAAGCAGUGUGUCCGGGAAUGUAGACACAGACCCAAGCUGUGUCGGGGAGUCAACUACCGGAAACAGGAACUGUUGUGUGAACUCGUGUCGGCCAUCGACAAAACUGAAACCAAUCCCGACUAUGUCAGAAUUGAACUCAAUGAGACUGUAAAUGUACCAGAAAUGAACCAGGAAUGUCUGGCGUGCUCCUCAGACGAUAAGUGUGUGACACUGUCCAGUAAGAAAGUCCAUUGUGUUCGAGCUGUUUCCAACCUUGCGUUGCAUAAGCCUGCAAAUCAAUCAUCGACGCAUGCAUGGGCAGGAGUGGCCUACUCAGCCAAUUUGGCAGUUGAUGGCAACAACGGUACAGACUUUGUCGUAGACAAGUGUGCCAGCACAGAGGAUGAAGACACGAAUCCGUGGUGGAGGGUGGAUCUGCAGGCCGUGUAUUUCAUCAGAUCCGUCAGAAUAUUCAAUAGAGGAAUGGACGAGUGGGGACUAGAUGUGUCAGACCGUCUGCGGAAUGUCACCAUCACUGUAGGGCUGACAGAAUCAGAUGUCAACACUCCCUGUGGUUUCUUUGCUGGUCCCGGUACUUUGUCACAGCUGGUCGUAAUCGACUGUCCGACAUUACCACAGGGGAGAUUUGUAAAGAUCUUGAUAAUCACAGAGUAUCUCACUCUUUGUGAAGUUGAAGUGCUUGGAUACUCUGUCUAAUUAUUAUUGCCGAUAUCUUUUAUUUAAUGAUUCUUUUUCCGACCAAAUAAAUACUGUAGAUUCCUAAUUAAUCAUGACGAUUUAUAUCGGCGUAAAAUCACGAGAAACUCCCCUUGCAGAUUUUAAAAUAUUGCUUUAAUUUUAUGGGAGUUGAGUACUAUAAGAAUUAGGAUAAAAAUUCAAUAUUCGCGAUUUUAUAUUCCCGCGAUUUGAUUCAAAAUGACGGGAUUGUUGAAUUAAGUACUCUCAUAAAAUAAUGACUGUACAGUAUGUGUAUGUUGAGGUGAA